AUGGCAUGUUCACUAUACCUCCUAAAUUCCUUACGAUGGCCCUCUGGGAUACACUUUCAGCACAGAGAAUCCCUUGAGAAAGCAAAGGCAUUGAUUGGAGAAUCUGGAGAGGAUACUUCUCUAAAUAUCUCUCAUCCGAGUAGAAUACUGUGCCAAUCCUUCGACUACACCUUUGACGGUAAUGCCAUAAGACUCAUUGUUCCAAAGAAGGGUGUUAGCGUCUCCAAGCUUGCGAACGGCAGUGAGGCUAUCUGGAUUCCUGAAGAUGGAGAGACAUUUGGCCAUGCCAGAGUUUAUCUCAAUAAGGAUGGUAAACCUGAACUGGUCCUUCUAGUAACUACUUCAUCUGGCACUUCUAAGGAAACUUAUCUUGAACUUAAAGAUGGUAAAUGGGUAUCCUGUGAUGAUCAUGAUGCAAAGAUGAAAACUUUGAAAGUUAUUACAGAAUGGAUAUCAGAUUCGACCAUUGAUCUCUCUGCUUCUAAGGACACUAAAGAGUGCAUCACUUUUGAGACUGACAUAGUGGGUAUUACUACUAGACACUUUUAUCCAAAGGCUGGAUAUCUUGCUGUAAAAGUAAAUGAUGGGACUAGGUCCAUAUGGGAACCCACAAAGCCUGGUAGUAGAUAUGGAUCAGAAGAAGACUUUGAUGGCUAUGAUUACUGCCUUUCUUGCCUUGUUUAUAGGAAAGAGAAUGUAAGACUACUUGAGAUGAUUGUGGUGGAAAGAUUAUCAAGGAGAUGGAAGUACUUUGAAAAGAGUGGUGAAGAGUGGAUGGACUUCCAUUGA